AUGGAGGCCUCAAUAUCCGGAUCAAUUGACGAUGAUUUUGCUCCGGAGCCGCGUGGAAGAUGCUAUACUUGGCCUAUGCAACAGUUUGUAUAUGAACCUCCUGGAACUAAUUUGAAUGACUCAAACACUUCUGUCUGUCGUGAACAGACUGUUGGUCAGCUUCUUCAAGCUACACCUUCUUCUUCUAAUAUGGGCUCGCAUUUAAUGCCUCUUGGAGGCAUUCCAAUGGGCGCUGGCGCACCAGGCAUGCAAGCUCCUGCUAAGAAGAAGCGUUGUCGCAAGAAGCCAGCAGAUCAACUGGCACAGAAAAAGCCAAAUCCAUGGGGUGAAGAGUCAUAUUCGGAUAUCAUUGCCAAGGCUCUAGAAUCUGCUCCUGAGGGCCGGUUGAAACUUAAUGAGAUAUAUCAAUGGUUUUCGGACAAUAUUCCUUAUUUCCGUGAGCGUUCUAGCCAAGAAGAAGCUGCUGGAUGGAAGAAUUCCAUUCGACAUAACCUUUCGUUGCAUUCGCGCUUUAUGCGAAUUCAGAAUGAAGGUGCUGGGAAGUCAUCGUGGUGGGUUAUCAAUCCAGAUGCCAAACCUGGUCGAAAUCCUAGGCGACAAAGAGCUUCGACUAUUGAUUCUACUACCAAGCCUGCUUUGGAGAGAAAGUCUAAGGGGGCACGUAAACGCCUGAAGGAAAUUGGCCGCUUAGGUGGCAUGCCUGCAAGCGGUGUAUCUAGUCUGGCCGGAUCUCAAGCUUCUGUAAUGUCUCAUGAUAUAUAUGGAGAUGAAGACUCUCUACAACCAUCAUUCGAUCCUUUCCGUCCACGAACCCAAUCAAAUCUUUCUGUACCAGGAUCCUCUGCUCGUGUAUCUCCCUCAAUGGAUCAUCAAACUUUCGAUGACUUUGAGUUCCCCUUAUGGGUCGAGAAUUCUGUACCUAUUCCGAGUGAUAUAUUAGAUCGUACUGAUCAGAUGCGAAUUGAUAAUCGAACGAUGAUGAACGGAAGUGUGAAGCAAGAAGUGAAACCUCAGCCAAUGCCACCAAAGCCGGUUGAGAAUCAGCCUCCCACUUAUCAGGAUUUGAAUAGCGUUCGAGGUCCUUCCCAACUGCAGAAUCCGCUCCUGCGAAGUCACCAUGUUUCUUCAAAGUUCCCCCAACAAAAUAUCCCUCCCUAUCAGUCCUAUAACUGGAUACCUCCAUCACAACCAAUCCCUAACCAGCAAUCGUGUGCUGCUCAGCAAAGCGUUUCUGUUGGAAAUUCACUGCCGAUUGAUUUGGAAAAUUUGACGUUACCUGAUCAGCCCCUGAUGGAGAUGGAUGUGGAGUCACUUUUACGACAUGAAUUGGCUCAAACAAGAGAUCAUCAGAUUCACUUCGACAUCUAA